GUUGUUUUAAUGUCUCUUCUAGACGUUGGAGUGCCUUCAAACUUGCCUGCACCCACGUUUCUUCCAUGGAAACUCAAGUAGAAUUCUCAUCAUCACUACACUCUCCCUCUGAUAUCAUUAGAAAAAAGAAAAUUACUGGACGACAAAAAAGAGAGGAACUUGAAAGAGAGGUAGCUAUGCUUCAAAGGUUGUUGGACCAAGAAGAAAAGGUUCAUGAGAUCUUGGAGAUGGUUCACAACAGACCAAAUGGUUCAGCGAUAUCUAUUCCAAAUUUUCUUCCGCCCAAGAUGAGGGAAAUCUUAACAGAGCUAGUCAUGGUUGAGGGUGAGAUAGCGCGACUUGAAUGCCAAAUAGGCCAACUCCAAGCUGGUUUGAAGCAUGAACAAGAAGUCACAAAGGAAUCAAAGUCAAAAACAUGGAAUCAAGGGAAUAUGAGCAAUUCUAACAAUCAUUUAUCAACUACAACAAUUCCAAAUCCUAGUCCUAUUCGAAGAAGUGUUCAAGAAAGGAUGGCAUUUGAAACAAAGGCAUUGCAUUUCAUAAGCAAAGCUAUAAAGGGCGAUUAUAAUCUCAAUGAUUUUAGUCUAAAUGAUAAAACAGGUUUUCUUAAAAAUUCUGUUGAACAGAAAGAAAAUAAAUUCCAAGAAGAUGUGAAAUUUCAAGAAAGACUUACGAGAAAAAAUGGGAUAGUGAAGCCUCCUUCACCUAUGCGUGAUCCCCGCCAUCCAUCGCCCAAGCUGCGAGAACGUAAUCCAGAGAUGUACUUGGAUCUCCCAACUAGAUCACUAUUAGAUCCACUUCUGUCAGAAGAGAAUGAUCUUAAGUGGCAACCCAACAAGCUAUCUGAGAGCAUCAUGAAGUGUUUGAAUUUCAUAUAUGUGAGAUUACUCAGAACAUCAAGAGCAAUGGAAUUGGAGAAAUCAGGACCCAUUUUAAGGUCUGUGCAUUCUUCUUUAAGCUCAAGAAGCUUCAGGGUUGAUACUGGGUCAAACCCAAAAUCAAACCUUUUGUUGCAAAAGGAAUCAAGGCAACAAGACCCAUAUGGUAUUUUUUAUACAGAAGAGUCUAUUCCAAGGGACAUUGGUCCUUAUAAGAACCUGGUUAUAUUCACCUCAAGCUCUAUGGAUCCAAAAUUUAUCUCAAGUCCAUCCUCUAUACCAUUGCUAAGGAAGUUAAGGAUCUUGAUGAGCAACCUUCAGACUGUUGAUUUGAAAAGCCUUACAAACCAACAGAAGUUAGCAUUCUGGAUCAACGUGUACAAUGCUUGUAUUAUGCAUGGAUUUAUCCAAUAUGGUGUGCCGUCCACCCCAGAAAAACUACUUGCAUUGAUGAACAAGGCAACCCUCAAUGUAGGAGGCAACAUAAUAAAUGCUCAAUCAAUAGAGCAUUUCAUAUUAAGGAAACGAGACACUUCUAAUAUGAAAGAGGGUGAGUGGGAGGAGAAAGAAACAGUUGUUCGUGAACUUUAUGGACUUGAGUUUAUGGAUCCUAAUAUCACAUUUGCUCUAUGUUGUGGAACUCGUUCUUCUCCAGCUGUGAGGAUAUACACAGCCGAUAGUGUUACAACUGAAUUGGAAAAAUCAAAACUAGACUAUCUCCAAGCUUCAAUUCUGGCUACAAGCACCAAAAGGGUAGCUUUCCCAGAGCUCCUCCUAAGAAACAUGCAUGAUUUUGCUGGGGACACUGAGUUGCUGGUGGAGUGGGUAUGCAACCAGUUACCCACAUCUGGGACUCUAAGGAAAUCCAUGGUUGAUUGCUUUAAAAGCCACAGUAAUGUCAAGGCUUCUACCAUUGUUGAAAAGAUACCCUAUGACUAUGAAUUCCAGUAUUUGUUGACCAUAUAA